AUGGGGAAGAAGAAGAAGCGGGUGGAGAAGGUGUUCUGCUACUACUGCGACCGGGAGUUCGACGACGAGAAGAUCCUGGUGCAGCACCAGAAGGCCAAGCACUUCAAGUGCCACGUCUGCCACAAGAAGCUCUCCACCGCCGGCGGCAUGGCCAUCCACGUCCUCCAGGUCCACAAGGAGUCCGUCACCAAGGUUCCGAAUGCCAAGCCCGAGAGGGAUUCCACCGAGAUCGAGAUCUUCGGCAUGCAGGGGAUCCCCUCAGACGUGCUCGCCGCCCACUAUGGGGAAGAGGAAGAACCUUCAAAGGUGGCCAAAGUAGAAGUGCCGACAAUAAGACCUCCUAUUAUGCCUAAUUAUCCGCUAGGCAUGCCUUUUCCUCCUCGGCCUUAUGGUGCAGCCCGCCCUAUGUAUAAUCCUGCAAUGAUGGUCCGACCUCCGAUUUGGCCUCUUCAGCAGCCGCAACCUUGGUUUGCUCAACAACCACCGGUUUCAGUUCCCCCAAUGAUUGCUGGGCAAGCACCACAGCAACCACUAUUUCCCAUUCAAAACAUGCCCAAUCCUAUGAUGACAUCAGCACCUGCUAAUUUACUUCAGACAUCAUACCCUAUGGCCACCACAGGGGUUCCUUCACCUGUUGCCCCUCAGGCUUCCCAGCCUUUGUUUCCUGUUAACACCACUGGCAAUGGAGCAGCAAAUUCCUCAUUCAGCUCGUCAAUUUCACCUGCAACUAUUGCAGCAAAUUCUCCAGCAUCAGUUGGUACUGCAGGAUAUGGCUAUGUUGCUAAUAACCAUGGUACAGGAGGGCCAGCAGUUGGACAUCCACCUGCACCUGCCACUAAUAGUAAAACGUCUGCUACUCAACCAGCUACGAGCGAGGUCUAUCUGGUGUGGGAUGAUGAAGCAAUGUCAAUGGAGGAAAGAAGGUUGGCUCUGCCCAUGUACCAGGUGCAUGAUGAAACUAGCCAGACUUGGUCAAAUUUAAAGAUGUUUGACUUAUGGGAAACCCAGAACUUUGAGUAUUUGGAAACAGAUGGGAGUAUGUGA